GGUUACCCUUCGUACACCCUCGACCGGUCCUCUUCGCCUCCUCCUUUGCUUUCAACACUAACAAUACACAAUACGACAUACGAACAAUGCAAACUCAGUACCAACAACAACCACCCACUCCCUUCGGUGCCUACCCCCAACCACCUCCAAAUGGUGCACCUUACCACGGUGCCGGCGGAUCAUCGAUGGCGAUGAUGGGCGACGACGGGACGGGUCCCAAGAUCGAUCCGUUCAUGGGUACUUCAUCAUCAAACCCGAUCGGAUCUAGCGAUACAAAAGGCGGUCAGAUGAGUAUGGACUCUAAACGCCAAUCCACCGUGCCCCCCAAUAACAACAACAACUACGAUAACAACAACGGGAUGGCCUCGACGACGACACCAUCCGCCCCGUACCUCCCUCCCCCCGCCUCGAACCCUCCGACCGGUCCUCCUGCCGCACCUCCCGUCUAUAUUAAAGACGUCAGCAUGCUCGAUACCUCUCAAUACAACUCGGACGCCCACCUCCUCGCCGCCUGUCGAGCCAAGGGUAUCUCUCCUUACUUUGCCACCCAAAUAACCCGGCUACGUGAAUACUCUUCCGUCCGCCUCGUGCUCGACGACAGCGGGUCGAUGAAGGCCAUGCAACAAGUCUACGGACAAGGUCCUACGAUCAGGUGGAAGAUCUUGCAAGAGAUGGUCAAGGAGAUUUUCGACCUGAUGACCAUCGCCCGCGGGCGAGAACCGUUGGAUGUUUAUUUCUUGAACAUGUUGCCUCAGGGGAUGAAGGCUGAUACCGUCGAGGCGCUCUACCCGUUCUUCCAACGGACGCCUCAGGGGACUACGCCGACUUUGGAAGUGAUGAGAGAGAUUAUGACGCCGGAGUAUAUGGUCCGAGAAGAAGGCGUCCUCACCCUGCUCAUCACCGACGGAGCCCCCAACUGCGGGCACCAAGCCUUCCGCACCUUCCUCCUAGACGUCCAACGUCGUUUCCCCGCAUCCUACCUGACCGUCGGGUUAUGCACUGACGACCCGGCAACGAUUGACGAGUACGAAUCUUCCCUCGACAACGGCGUCCCUCACCUGGACGUCAUGUCCGCAUACGAAGACGAACGCCGAGAGAUCCGCAAGAUCCAGGGGAGGAAGUUCGGGUUCACCUAUGCGGAUUGGACGGUCAAGUUCCUCCUCGGCAGUCGGGUGACCGAGUGGGACAGCUUGGACGAGCGGAGGUUGACCAAGCAACAACUGGCGAUGAUACAGAAGUUUGGGAAUAGUUAUCUUGGGAUCGGCGGGGGUGCGGCUGCGGGUGCCGGAGGAGGCGGGGCGGGUGUGAUAGGAGGAGGUGGUGCUGGUGGGAGGGGCAAGGACAAGGACAAGAAGUGCACGAUCAUGUGAUGAGCGAGGGUGCAUGCCGGGCUGGCCGUCAGGAUAGGGAAUCACUUGGAAUUCGUUUUUGGUUGUCAUUUUGUUGCCGCAAGGCUGUUCAGCUUCGUUCAGGGUCUGUCUUGGUAUAAUAUCAUCCGACGACUGUAUCGCUAAUGUCAAUGUACAUCAGCUUGUGAGCCCGUAUGAUAAUCGUUGAAUCGC